UCCAUCCACGGUAACCUCCUACUUUUUUAAACGAACCUUUGAAAAAACACACCAGGAUGCAGCAUGUUUGGUUCGUUUGCAAAAAUACUUUCCAUCAUAUGCAUAUUAAACAUGCAUUAACACUAAAUUACCGUAUAAUGAUGUUAAAUAAAAUUUUACAAAAAAAGUAACUAUCUAUGUACAAUAUUAUUAAUAUUAAUGAUCUCGCAUGUGUGUAAAUGAAACAGUGAGAGAAGUGGUGUGUUGGCAAUGAUUAGAACGAAAUAGUUCCAUAGCCAAAAUAUAUAUUUUUUGACUUUCCGCGUGUAUUUAAGAAUUUGUUUGGGUAUUUGUUAAGUUUGAACAUUUUUUUUAAAUCUCUGGUGAAAUAAAAACGUUAUGUUAACGGUAAAAAAAUAUUACGUGCCGAAACCGUGGUCGCGCAUUAAUAAUGUUAAUAGUCACUUGUUUGUUUUCUCUUUCAGCCGUUUGUCUGCAGUUACGCCAUAUUGCAGUGUGUUUUAAUAUAUUACUGACCGUGAAAUAACGUACAGUUUGUGUUUCAGGAUUUUGUGUUAAUAUUGUGUAUUUUAACUUUGUUAUAUUAUUUAUUAUCUACUAUUGUAAUGAUGGAAUUUGUUAUCGUUUUGAUAUUUUGUGUGGUUCUUGUGAUUGCUGUAAUGGUAAUUGGUUCCGGGAUGGGGAAAGCUACUUCUUCGCAGCGUCAGAUGGACAUCAUUAACGUCGCUCAGAACUUAUAUGUUUUAAUUAGGAAAGGCGACUUGAAGAAAUGUGACGUUACGCAGACGACCGCGUUUCUUCUCAACAUCGCAAAGUCAACUGUUCUCAAGUACUACAAGAAAGACAUUGAAGAAGUUUCAACACCAGGAAAAAAGAGGAAAAAAAGGCCACAGGAAGGAAAGUCACUUGACACAGUCGACGAUUUCACAGUAAAUGCAAUCAGGAAUGCAAUUUACAGGAUGUACGCUGAAGGUUUGAAUGGUACAGUCGACACCAUUUUGAAAGAAAUCAGGGAAAGACAAAUAGAUUAUUAUGGUGGAAGAUCAAGUCUUCAUAAAUUGUUAAAGAAGAUGGGAUUUUCAUGGACAACUGUUGAUGGACGAAAAGCUUUGAUAGAGAAUGAAAACAUAGUAUUGCAGCGAAUAGAUUUCUUGAGAAAGUAUAAAGAAGAAAAAGAAAGAGGAACUGUAUCAAAGUCAUGGCAGGACAAGAGUCUACAAUCUGCGAAGAGACGUACUGUUGGAGAUGGUCAGAAGACUGCAGACUACCAUGGCGAGAUGAAUGGGGAAACUUUCUUGAUGUGGUUUGAAGACAUGUUGGUGCAUCUGGAGGAACCCAGUGUCAUUAUAAUGGACAAUGCUUCAUAUCACAGCACCCAGGUUGAGAAAACACCUACAACGAACUGGACCAAGGAUGCACUGAUCGCGUGGCUGGAGAAGAAUGAGAUAAAACAUGAAAAUAAUUUGUUGAAAGUGGAGCUGCUGAGAAUAGCUAAACAAAACAAGCCCCGAAUACGAUGGGCGAGGUGUGUGGAUCACGUGGAGAAGCUAAUUCAAGCAGACUGGGAGAGAGAAGUCCACAUAGACAGCGGCACCAUUCCUCCACUCAUCAUCCACCUCGGCAAGGAUAGUUCAAGUGAAGACAGUGACAGCGAAGAAUUUGAGGUUACGACACAGCAAGUAGAUGGAGACAGUGAAGUACUGGCAGUUCCUCUUGAUGAUUUACCCGGGUGUUCUUAUUGAGGUCUGUAUGUAAUAAACACCUGGGCAACUGUAAGUAUUGGGGUUUGAAACAUUUUUUUUUCUUUUAUGCAUUCCCAUUAAGUAUGUUGAUUACUGGAACUUUAUGUAUUAACUUUAUAUUACACAUAUUAUGAUAAAUUUAUAAUAAAUUUCAUUUCUGGAUUCGUAUAGGUGUAUGUGAAACAUUUUAUUUUGUUGUGUGUCUUCAUUUUUCAGUGAACUUACUUGGAAAACAAAAAGCCAGUCCCCAUCCAGGGCCACAAAUAAAUAAUGCAUAUAAGUGGUAUAGAAAUUACUGUCAAUUCUUUACCACAAUUUUACUGUUCAUAAAAUUAUGAUUUUGUCUAAUAAGUAUACUCAGGAAAAUGUAUAUAACCAUAUUUUUAUUUGUGGCCUUAACCGGCGAAAUGGUAGGGGUUUAUUAAAUAAAAGAAGAAAAUUCAUUUUUAAAUGUUUUCAUCUGAAUUUGUUAAUUUUAUUAAACCUUCAAUCCUUAGUCUUUUCCAGAUUGCUUAGAUGGACAGCCAUAUGUAUAAUUUACAAUUCUUUUUUUUUCAGAUGCAGAAAACUGUGUUGAACUGUACUA